AUGGAGAGUGCAGAGGAGAGGAGAGCUGAGGUGACCAACUCAGUUGUCUCAGAUAUGAAGACAGAGAUGGAGAAGAAAGAGGCAGAGAUCUUCAAGCUGCAAGAGAAGUAUGCAGUCCUUAUGAACCUGACAAAAGCUCAAGGCACUGUCAUCAGGAACCUGAAGUUCAACCAUUUGAAAGAGAAGGAAGUGCUUAGUGCAGCCAUGAGGAACUUGCAGUUCCAAGAAAAGCUCACCCAAGAGAAUCUCCAGCUGAAGGAUCACAUUGGUGAUCUGAAGAAGGGACAUGAUAAGCUCACCCAAGAGAAUCUCCAGCUGAAGGAUCACAUGGGUGAUCUGAAAAAGGGACAUGACAAGCUCACUAAAGAUAGGGCUCAGCUCAAGCUUCAGAUUGCUAUUCUGUUGAAAGCAGAGGAGAAGAACAAGCAGAAGGUGAAGGGGAUCCAGGCCAUCUUGGAUGAAUGA